UAAGGAGAUACCAAGAAACCAAACACAAGAAAGCAAUGCCCAAAAAGAGAGAGGGAGAUUGAAAGAGAAAGCAAUGGUUUGUCUUGUUGAAGCUCUUCAGUUCUUUACACAGUACAUAAUAAAAGAAACCUUUUUUGGAGCUUUCAUGUAGAUACAGGAAGAGAGAGAGAGAAAAUGAUAGAAAGAGAUGUGUGUACGUGCGUGAUUCUGUAUAGUCACUGUUAACUCUCACGUGGGUGUGGAUAGAAUGAUGGAUAGAUGAUAUCUUUGACAAGGAAAGGAACAAGGGCAAAGGGAGUGAUGAUUUCUUCUGCUACUUCUUCGGAUUCGCAGCACUGAAAGUUUAGUUUUUAUCUUUGGCCUUACAAAGAAAGAUUGGUUCCGCAGAUCGGAGCUGUUCUGUUCCCCAACAAGAUACAUUUGAUACAGGUUUCCAGGAUGCUAUGAUUGGUUUAAUCAGAAUCUUUAAGACUUAUAAGGUGAUGAGCUGAUUUUGAUUGUGAGGUGAAUUUUGGAGUUGACCUAGAGGAAAGAUGGCUACUUAUUUUUCCAGUUCCAACAAUCAGAAAGAUGCCUCGACUUUUCUGUAUUCAAGGGAAUCUUUGCCUGGGUCUUAUUCAGAAGCACCAGCUGUUCCUGGGAAUAUUAUGAUGUUUAUGAACUAUUCGUCUUCGUCUGGUGGUUUAUGUUCUGACACCAUUGCUGAGAGCUCUCAGGAGCAAAGUCGCGGCUGCACUGAUAUUCCGCCUAUUGGAUCCUCGGUCUCCAACCCAUCAUCACAACAGGGAAUUUCAAACAUCAGAGGGUCUCAGAUUGGGGCACAUGAUUUGAGUAUGUGGAAAGAUAAUAGGAAUGAGAUGCUAAUGAUGCACCAAUCCAUGGGAGGUGCUCUAGAUGUUCUUCAAACUGCACAUAGCAUGCAGGGUCAAGGAUUAUCCCUUAGUCUUGGCACGCAAAUGCCAGCGGGGAUUCAAGUUGCGCCUAGCCAGUGUCAGAAUCCUUCCCAAGGCUUCACGUCAUUCUUGAGUCCUCCAUCCAUUCCGGGUGAAGGCAAUGGCGGGAAUAGAUCUUUUGGAGAUAUUGAUGAUUCCCACGCAAAACAAUCAAGGGCCAUGGAGUAUCUGCUUCCUGGCUUUCCGAGCAGCUAUGACUCGAUGAAAAUGGAUGGUUCUCCUUAUGGGAUGCCAAGUAUUGGGAGGGCUUUCCCAGACUCUAAGUUCUUGAAAGCUGCUCAACAAUUACUUGAUGAAGUAGUUAAUGUCAAGAAAGCUGUAAAGGAGCGCGGGUCUACUAAAGUGGAGGCAAAUGGUACCAAUGAAGUAGAUGCUGAUUCAAAUUGUAAAUCCUCAGAUCCUCCUGUGACUGGAUCAUCUUCGAACCCUCAAGAACCAAAUGAGCUCUCGGCAAAUGACAAGCAGGAACUGCAAAACAAACUGACAAAGCUUUUCUCUAUGCAGGAUGAGAUUGAUAGAAGGUAUAGACAGUAUUACCAUCAGAUGCAUAUGGUGGUGUCUUCAUUUGACGUUGUAGCUGGUGAAGGGGCAGCUAAACCUUACACAGCUCUUGCACUUCUGACAAUCUCCCGUCAUUUCCGCUGUUUACGUGAUGCAAUAAGUGGCCAGAUUCGAGUACUACAAAAGAACCUUGGCGACCAAGAUGUAGCAGAUAAUAAUAAAGGGGUUGGAAUAUCUCGUCUUCGUUACGUGGAUCAGCAGCUCAGACAACAGAGAGCGCUUCAGCAACUUGGUAUGAUGCAACCACACGCUUGGAGACCACAAAGGGGGCUACCCGAGAGCUCUGUUUCAAUCCUGCGUGCUUGGUUGUUUGAGCACUUUCUUCAUCCUUACCCAAAAGAUUCUGAUAAAGCGAUGCUAGCAAGGCAAACUGGCCUAACAAGAGGCCAGGUCUCAAACUGGUUCAUCAAUGCCCGAGUGCGACUAUGGAAGCCCAUGGUUGAAGAAAUAUACAAAGAAGAGUUUGCUGAUGCUGAAUUCGAAUCUAAUUCUUCAUCUGAAAUUGCACCAAAAGCAACAGAAAGUGAUACCAAGGCCUUUGAUGAACAGGAAAAAGGUUUCCAACCACCAGCAGCUUCGCCCGAGGAUGAGCCAUGCAUCAGUGGCAAAUUGUUCCAGCCAAAGUCCAAUCAUGCUCCUAAUGUAGAAAUGGUGGAAUCAAAUAUUGGCAUCACUUUCCGAGAUGGAGACCACGUGGAAACGGAUAGUCAGUACGAGACGGGGGAUCGAGGAGGGGCUGCAAUUGCAAAGCCCGCCACUGGUGACAGCAGUCUUCUUCCAGAUACAGUUCUGCAGUCAAGUGGAGCCCACAAUAGAUUCAUGUAUCCAGCAUCUGCUUACCACAUGCCAGAACUUGAAAGGUUUGGAAAUGGAAAUGGAAAUGGAGUUUCACUAACGUUGGGAUUGCAACAGUGCGAGGGCAGCCAUAAUUUUCUCUCAACGAGGGAAGACGACGUGUACAUUCCUUCAGCUUCUUCUGUGGAGCCCGAGCCAGCUGAUUUCAACUACAUAGAUCCCGAGAACAGGCAGCAUCAGUUUGGCUCGUCCCACUCCCAUCUCUUCCACGAUUUUGUAGCAUGACAACUGCUGUGGCUGCACUUACUAUCUCUUCGAGUUUUGAAACCAUUAUAGGAUAAAGAACGAGGACCACCUUCAUAUGGUGAGUCAAGUUUGAAAUCUGUGGAGCACAUUGUACUAUAGCAAAGAUUGAUCUGUAAAUUUUUAUUUUUUUUUAAAUCUUUUUAUUGAUACACUUGAGAACACUUGUAAGACUGUUUUGGUAUAUUUCAAUGAGCUAAACAUUGAUGGUUCCAUCUCUUGGAUGGCAA